UGAAUCUCCAGCUAAAUAUAGUGAUGGCAGCGUGACGCUGGAGUGUUGCGUGAUGCCAGUCUAUAACCUCCCUGAGGAUGCAGUUGCAGAAGCACUGAUCGGAUAACUGUGAAGAGGAACAGAUCAACAAGUAAACAGCAUCAUGGAUUGUUCUCAGUCUGGAAAUGUAGAUGCCAAAAUGGAGACGGAUGGAAGCAUGAACAUUGCGAAAGAUGGUACAGAUGUAGACAAAGAAAAGCAUGAUGAAGUCGUCCCUGUGCGUAAGGCAUCCUGGGAGCCCAGUGUGUUUUCCACCAUUGGAAAGGAGAUCCAUUAUUUCGCCGGUCAUGAGAUCAGCAUCUGGGAGUCUCUCGAUUCGUUUGGUUCUGUCAUCUGGCCAGCAGCUUUGGCUCUGUGUCGCUACCUUGAGUCCAACCAAGUGACGGUUGACCUUGUUGACAAGGCAGUGCUAGAGAUUGGCGCCGGCACGGGUCUUGUUUCCAUCGUGGCCAGUCUGUUGGGUGCUUGGGUAACAGCAACUGACCUGCCUGAAGUCCUCGGGAACCUGGGAAGUAACCUGUCCAGAAACACAAGGGGCCGCUGCAGAUACACUCCACAGGUGGCGGCGCUCUCUUGGGGUUAUGAGCUCGACAAGACCUUCCCUCGUUCAGUCUACAGAUACGACUACAUAUUAGCAGCAGACGUGGUCUAUCACCAUGACUUUCUAGCAGAAUUACUAGUCACCAUGCGCCACUUCUGCCAGCCGGGUACAACCCUCAUAUGGGCCAACAAGACCCGCUUCGAUUCUGAUCUAGUCUUUGUGGAGAACUUCAAAAAAACUUUCAACACCAUCCUGCUGGCAGACGAUGGAGAGGUAAAGAUUUACUCUGCCACCAUGAGAGAAGAAAGUGGACUAGAGACGUCAAAAGAGACUAAAGGGGAUGCGAGGAAAGGCGUGGACAAGGAUGAAACGGUCAACAAAAAGACAAAUGAAGAGAUGAAUGAAGGAAAGAUCAAAUGGACAGAACAAAAGUUUGUAGAACAGGUUCAAGAAUAUGAAAAGAAAGAUGUAGAUUUUACAGAAGAGCAGGCUACAGGUUAUGCUGAUGCGGAAAACCAGGAGGAUGGAAACCUAAACAAUAACGGCGACGACGACUACACAAACCUUGAAAAUGAACCUGAGGAUAGUGAAGAAGACAACGACGGCUGCAGUGAGAUGGAUUCAGCAUUUCUGGAGCAGAAAUCUGAUGGAAGCACAGGAGGAGAGUAUAUGAGAUCCUGGGCACCGACUAUUUACUACAGACCCGGGAAGGAGGUUUAUCAUUUUUUGGGCCGGGAAAUUACAAUUCAGGAGUCCAUCGAUUCUUAUGGUGCUACUAUAUGGCCAGCGGCACUUGCACUUUGCAGAUUCUUGGAAACGCCGCAGGGUCAUCAACACAUUGAUUUACUCGACAAAUCAGUUCUUGAACUUGGAGCUGGAACCGGCUUACUUUCGACUGUCGUCACAUUAUUGGGUGCCAAACUAACAGCAACGGAUUUACCUGAGAUACUAAGUAAUCUGAGAUACAACCUUAACAGGAAUACGAGAGGCCGGCGGAGACACGAGCCCGUGGUUACAGAACUCCACUGGGGUCACAAGCUGGAUGAGUUCUUCCCCAGAUCCACACACCAGUAUGAUUAUGUGUUGGCGACUGAUGUGGUCUAUCACCAUGACUUCCUAGCAGAAUUACUAUUCACCAUGCGUCACUUCUGCCAGCCGGGAACUAUUCUAGUCUGGGCGAACAAGGUCCGCUAUGCUUCGGAUCUGGGCUUCAUUGACAACUUUCUUAGAUAUUUUGAAAUCACACUCCUUGAAGAGUUGGAUGAUGUGAGGAUUUACGUAGCAACCUGCAAGACACCAGAGCAGGGAGGUGACCAGGUUCAAGAGAUAAACAAGGAAGAGGACGAAAAUUAUGAUGCUGGGGAGCAUCAUACAAACGAGACCGGAAACAAUGCAGAGGAAGUGGAACUUCUAGAGUGUGAUGAUACUCAAAUGCCAGAUGAGACACUAGUAGACAAAGAACUCCAGGAUUUUGAAAGGCCUGCAGAGGAAGAAGUUGUACCUGCCAACACAGAACCACCACAGCGCAGAUCCUGGGCUCCCACCAUCUACUCCAGUCUUGGCAAGGAGAUCUACUACUUUCUGGGUCAUGAAAUCAAACUUCAAGAAGCCAUAGACAAUUAUGGCGGUGUGGUAUGGCCUGCGGCAUUGGCCCUUUGCCGAUUCCUGGACACCCCAACAGGUCGACAGCAGAUUAAUCUACUUGACAAAUCAAUGCUGGAGCUCGGAGCAGGAACAGGCCUUGUCUCAAUAGUUGCCACACUUAUCGGUGCUAAACUGAUGUCCACGGAUCUGCCAGAAAUCCUUGGUAAUCUGAGGUGCAACUUGAACAGGAAUACCAGGUGGCACUGGAGACACGAACCUCAGGUUACAGCAUUGAAAUGGGGCUACAAACUGGAGGAGACGUUUCCCCGUUGCACGCAUUAUUAUGAUUACAUCCUGGCAGCUGAUGUGGUUUAUCACCACAACUGCCUCGCUGAGCUUCUUGACACCAUGCUUCACUUCUGUCAAACAGGGACAACGAUAAUCCUUGCAAACAAGAUCCGGCUUCCGUCAGACCUGGUAUUUAUUGAGAACUUUCAGAAAGCUUUUAACACCACAUUACUGACAGAGCUGGAUGAGGUAAGGAUUUACUCAGCUACCAUGAGAAUCUGAUGACGUGAACCUCAAUGCACUGCUUUGAGAAGGCUUUCUGAGCUACACUGCUGGCACAGGUAGAGGAGGUGAAGAUAUGUGGCUCUGGUUCAUAUUUGUUUAAAGAACCAACGCCAUGUUCACACUGCAGACAAUUCCAGAGUAUAGUGCACUGUGUGAUGAAAAAGUUUGAUUGAUGAGGGUCAAAAAUUCCCUGUUUCUGGACACCCCCCACCCUGUCUAAGUGACCAUCUGUUUAUCCAUCCCAAUGAUCCGAAGGAAUUUAUGAUGGUUUGGGAAUGUGUUUUUGUGUGGGCCAUUGAAAAUUGUUCUAAACCUAUGUGCUUUAAACUUUAAAAUGUGAAACGUGGUAUGAUUAUUAAACAGGAUAAGGGAAGUUUUUAUUAAAGUUUUUACACACGCAA